AUGGACGGCAAUCUUCUUGUUCGUAUGCUAGUUCUGGCCUCGGUUCGCCAAACCAGUUGUAUGGUACAUCAUUCUCGGCUUCAUCACAUACCGGGCUCGCGUUUACGCCAUUAUUCUUCGUCACUGCAAAGACUUCAUGAAGUCCGUCUGGUUGAAGUUGGGCCUAGAGAUGGACUGCAGAAUAUCCAGGAGAGAGUCCCUACGGCUACCAAGAUUGAACUUAUACAGCGCCUAGCUGAUACCGGCUUGAAAAAUAUUGAAGCCACAUCUUUUGUCUCACCAAAAUGGGUGCCGCAGCUCGCCGACGGCGCUAAGGUGUUGGGCUCUGUUCUCGGCUUCGCGGAGCAGAUGAGGUUUGAAAAAGAGCCGCUCAAUUUUCCAGUCUUAGCCCCUAACCUUAAGGGCCUUGAGAAUGCAAACGAAGCUGGCGCGAAAGAAAUUGUGGUUUUUGCCUCCGUGACGGAACCUUUCAGCAGGGCCAAUCAGAACUGCAGCGUUGACGAAGCAUUGCACCAGGCAGAGGCCGUCGCGAAGAACGCCUUGUCAUUGGGAAUGAAAGUGCGCAGUGAUAGCGUCAUAUCUUGCAUUUUCUCCGACCCCUUUUCUGGACCAACACGUCCCGAGGCUGUCGUACCCAUCGUGCAGCGACUUCUUGACAUGGGUUGCUAUGAGGUCGGCUUGGGCGACACACUGGGCGUUGGCACACCCGCGGACGUUCAAAAGCUGCUACACGUCCUUCUUCCAGUGGUCCCGGUCUCAAAGCUGGCCGGACACUUCCAUGAUACCUACGGUCAGGGAAUUGCAAACAUUGUCAAAGCGUAUGAUAUGGGGAUCCGCAACUUUGAUAGCAGCGUUGCUGGUCUAGGUGGCUGCCCGUAUGCACCGGGUGCCAAAGGAAAUGUGGCCACCGAGGACGUCAUAUACACGUUGGAAAAAGCUGGCAUUCAUACCGGUGUGGAUCUCGAAAAGUUGAUCGCGGUUGGCCAGUGGAUCUCCAAAGAGAUUGGCAUUCCGUAUGGUAGCAGGGUCGGGGCGGCUCUUACGGCUACGAAAGCUUCUCAAGGCGCGACCAAAAGAGAGCCAAUUGGAACAGCGGGCUCCUUACCUGUGAAACCUAGUAGGACAUGGGCAAUUGUCCAGGAUACUGGCGAAUACCGACUGUCACGCGCAGGGACAUGCAUCAAAGUCACGCUAACACGUCCGAAGAACGGCAACGCAUUAACGAAAUCGAUGCUGGAAGGGCUCACGAGCUUCUUUCAGAAUGUGGCAAAGGACCCAACUGUCUACCACAUUGUUCUGGAAUCGGAGGGCAAAUAUUUCUGCACCGGCAUGGAUCUAAGUGGUAAAACCAAAACAUCUGACAUGUCGGCUGAGAGAAGUUACUAUGACAGGGUUUUUGCCUUAUACGACGCCAUCGAUCACGUCCCACAAACCACUAUCUCCGUCGUGGAUGGCCCCUGCUUCGGUGGAGGAGUGGGUCUCACGUUUGUUUGUGAUGUUCGCCUGGUCUCUCAGCGAGCUCGGUGGACCCUCAGCGAGAUAAAGAUAGGCGUGAGUCCGGCCGUGAUCUCUAAGUUUUUGGUCCGGGAAUGGGGCCCCUCAAUGGCACGUGAAUGUAUGAUCUCGGGCCGGGAGAUUCAACCGGAAGAGCUUGCUCGGGUGGGCGCAGUUCAUGCCGUUGUGAAGGACUCAGAGUUGUUGGCCGACCAAGUUGACGCAUAUCUUGACCAGUUGGAUAGAUGUGCGCCGCGGUCUGCAGCUAUCAACAAGAAGCUCUCUCGGCUAGGGUGGGACGCACCCGAGAGUGUAGCGCAGGCGGAGCUUAUCAAAAGCACGUUUGCAUGUAUGAUGGCACCGAGUUCGGAAGGCGAGCACGGAAUCCAGCAGUUUCGAAAAAAGCAGAAAACUUUCAGUUGGAGAGAAUUUUGGGCUGACCGAAAUCCGUACAAGGGUUUUAAUCCCUGA